AAUGAAAUGCUUUAGUCGUAUUUCAGUUUAAGCGAAUUACGGUUUAUCGAGAUAAGUACAAUGAAUUUAUUAGUUGGACUUCUUGUUGUUCUGUUUGUUGUAUCUGGCAAUGCACAAAAUUGGGUACAACCAAACCCACAACCAGUCACAUGUGAAAGUUAUUGUUUUCUUAGUAUAAUGCCGCUGCUAGAACAUUGCAAAAAAUUGCAGGAUGAAAUAAAAAUUUUGAAGCACGAAGCGGAGAACAAAUGCGAUUCUACGAUUGAGAAUAUGUUUAAUUCACAAGAUGAAAAAACCAAGUUGCAUUAUAUAAACAUACGACUUAUAGCAACCGGAAUGGAGCAGAACUUGAGUUCGCUAAAUGAAAAGGUAGAAGAAUACCUUCCAGAGCGAAUUAAUGAAGUAAUUGGGUUUCAUACGAAAAUUGGUUCGAAAUAUUAUCAUUUUGAAACACUUGAAAAAGUCAACUGGUUUGAGGCAGUUAACAAAUGUUUGGAAAGGGGUGGACAUUUGACUAGUAUCAAAAAUGAGGAUGAGUUCAAUGGAAUCAAGGAGAAAUUGCAGGAGAAUGAAAAUUAUUGGAUUGAUAUUAACGACUUAGCUGAUGAGGGACAAUUCAUUUCGAUAGCAACAGGCCGAAAGCCCUCAUACCUCAAUUGGCAUGCAAAUGAGCCAAAUAACCAAAAUAAUAAUGAGCAUUGCGGUGACUUGUGGUACAAGGAGAAGAUUCACCUAAUGAAUGAUUCCAAAUGUGACGAGAAAAAGUUAUUUAUUUGUGAACCUAAACACCAAGUGAAAUAGGUGAAGUAAAUACACACAAAAUAAUUCAAUUGAGGAAUAUCAUCUUCUGUAAAUAAUUGUAGCUAAAAUACAAUAAUAUUCGAAAUAAAUAAAAUACUUUUUCAUUGUGCAGAUUAUAAAA